ACUCAGCAUUUAAUUGCUUUUGUUUUAAGGGAACAUUAUUUAUCAUCUGGUUCUGGUGGCUAUCCAAGAUCUUCUCCAGCAGUAUUAUCUGCAGAUAGUUCAUUAGAAGGACGGCAAAGAGCACCAACACCAAGUGGUCCAUCUCCAAGAAUUGAUGAAUAUAGUGAAACAUUAAGACAGAUACAAAGAGCAGCUGGUCGUCCAAGAAAUGGGAGACCUGGUAAUGAAGGUAGAAAUGGUGAAUGGUCUGGUUAUUCUGAAAACAGAAGAGGUUACUGUAAUCAUCACCAGGGUCGUUUGCCUCGUCUGCCGCUUAGAAAUCAUCAGAAUGUUUCUCAACAACAAUAUGAUAUUCCAUAUAAAGAGAGGAGUUCCAAUAAUCUUCCAGCAUUAAAACAGCCCUUAUUUCCUCUGAUGGAACGUGGAGACAAGCCUCGGAAGCCUCGAGGUCCACACAGACCCAGAGUUUCAGAUAAUAUUUCCAAUCAUUAAAUUCUUCCAAUAUAUUUAAAUUUCUGCCAGAAGCUGCCUAUAAUUUAAUAAUUAUCAGUAUUCACUCAAAUGAAAAACCAAAACAAUAAAAAUUUUCAGUUGUAAAUUCAUCAAUUAUGACAUUAUUGCAAUUUUCAGAAUUUUAAUUAAAAUGUAUUAAAUUAAUAUAUAUAAAUAUCAUAAUUUUAAUAAAAUUUUGUUAUAAAUUUCUUUUUAGAUGACGAAUGGUACUAAAAUACCCACUAAAGCACAAAACUUCAUAUGAAUAUUUUAAAAAAAAGAUUAUAUUGAAUUUAAUUUGUCAAUGAUUAAUUUAAUAAAUUAAAAUUAUCAAAUCUUUAUAAAAAUUUAAACUCAACAAAAUAAUAGCCUAUAAAUGCUGUGAUUCUAAAAAAAGUGGGUUUCAUUGUUGUUAUAAAAAAAGGCAAUCUUGAUUAUAAAAUUUUAAAAUAAAUUUAUAUCACUAAGUUACAUCAUGCUGUUGCUUUGAAAAGUCAUUUUCAAUGAAGCAAUUUGAGCAUUAAUUAUAUAUAACAUUAAGAAUAGAAAAUCUUUGCUAAUUUUAAGAAUUUAAACAGAAUUAUAAAGUUUCUAUUCCAUGUACAACCCUCGACAAAUCAGAAUAUUUUUGAUAUACUAAUAUUUAAUAUUUAUUGUUCAUAAAUACUGAAAUAAUUACUUUAAUGACAUACAUUUUAAAAUUUAUGCUUAUUGAAGAAAUUUUUCUUAUCAUAAUUUGUCAAAUUUAAUGUACUGUAUAAGAAAAAGCAAAUUUUUAUUAUUGAUCUUAAAAUAUUAAAUCAUGUUUCUGAAGACAAAUAUCAUCGUAUACAAUGAUUUAUUCUUAUUGAUUCAUCUUACAACAAAUCUGACCAUAUUCAUUUCUCAAUGAAUAUCAACUUCUUCAAUGAAUGAAACAAAAUCAAUUUUUUGGGAAAAUCUUUGAAAAUUUCAAAAUGAUUGAUGUGUUACUGCAAGUGAGAAUCUUUAUGAAUUAGUAAAUACUUAAAUUUACAAUAAUCUACUUUUCCAGUUUCUUUAAAUCCUUCUAAGUAUUUUAAACUUAAAAUAAUUUUUAAUUAUUUUAGGCAUAAAUAAUUCAUAUACUCUAGAAUCUGAAAUAAUUAAAUUUUACAAUUAGAAUCUGUUUAAAUUAAGAAAAUCAAAUAUAUCUGCAGCUUAAUACUUUGGGGAACUACUCCAGUUGUACAAGCAACAACAUAACAUUGUGGUCAUUAUAUGUCUCAAUAUGUUGUGAUAUUGCAUUUAUCUAAAGGCUGUUAUAAUGAUAUAAUUGUAUAUAAAACAUUUCUCUACAUCUAAGUAUAAAAUGUUAGGACAGCAACAGUUCUUCAAAAUGCAAUAUUCAAUUCUUGAAAUAUUUAUUUGCAUUGAUGUUUAAAAAAUAAAAUUAGGUUUACUUUACAAAUUUAUAAUCUAUUUACAUUUAUAAGGACUUUUUGAGAAAUGUUUCAGCUUAAUAACAGUUUAAAAUGUCUUCUCAAAAUUUGAUCAUAUAUUAU